AUGCCGUCCUCUACACAUUGCCGUGACGAUCUAAGCCCAAAGACCAAAGACCAAACUUCACUUGACAACCAUGUCACCACCGGCGAAAAAGAGUCUGAAGAAAGAGAUAAUACGUGCUUGGAAACUGCAGGCUUUUCUGACACUCCGAAGAGUCCUUGGGAUCUUUACACCGAGCUUGCAGGUGCAUCCAACGACCCUCCCGCUCUGAGGUCCAUUCUCAAAGCCAUCACCGCCCAGCACCGUGCUGUCGAGCCUCCUUUCUGGACCGAAUACCAGCUCGACGCGUGCCAUGUGGACCUUCUAAGACAGCGCCUCGAAGAGUGUGGUGUGAGCGAGAAAGCCCGGUCUGGGUAUUUCUCCGAGCUUGGGAUCUUUGUUCACGAAGCACAUUCGUACACCCACAAUAUCUACGCAUGCCAAUUCUCCCGCUAUUUCUUCAAGAAGCUGGAUCACCUGUCCUCUUCGCCAGAAGAAGAAGCAUGUGUGGCUCACAUCGUUGAUAGUGGCUCCUCAGAUGCCAAAGCCAAAGAUUCCACCAACAAGGGCUACCAUCAACCAGACAAUUUCUACAGCAACUUUUUCUCAAUCCAUCAUGGUUUUUGUUUGGAGAUUGCAUGCACACAGAAGCGCGCUCGACUAAACGACUUGGCUGAAUUCUACUUCCUCAACAGUGACCGACAGACACAAGUCCUCGUUUGUAUCGACUUCGACGCCGACCACUCCAAAAAAGCCACUUUCUUGACCUGGAGAUGCAGUGGAGGCAAGCUCAAAGCGCAUGUCCAAGACAUACGAACCGAGGAUGGCAAGCUUGUUCCAGGCGACUCUUUACGAAUAACCAUGCUCGAGAUAGCGCCGCCAGACCGCAUCCCACCCUCAAUGCACAAUAUGGCGAUCUACUUUUCGGUGCAAGAACUUGUCGAAAUCCUGGAGUUCGCAGAGUCUGCUCGGGCGAAAUGGGACGAAAUACAACGUGCCAAGAACACUGUGCCGAUCGUUCCAAAACCCACUGCAGCGCUGCCAGAUGAUGUAGAAGGGGCUAUCUAA